AAUGCAAAAAUCAACUCUUCACCAUCAAAUUGAAGUUGAAGAAGUAGAGAGGACUCAUUCAUCAUCAUCACUUCCGAAAAUAGUGCAUUCGGAACAACAACCAUCUACUACCAACGUUAUAGUAUCGAGUGCUUUGGCUGGAUGUGCAGCCCGAUUGGCUCUACAUCCGAUCGAUACCAUAAAAGCAAGAAUGCAGGUACAAAUUACCAAUCCAGAGCUUACAUCAAAAUUAUCAACUGCUAUUUUUGAAGGAGGAGCAAAUACGAAUGGUGGAAAUCAAAUUUAUAGAAAUACGUUUCAUGCAAUUACAAGCAUGACAAAAUAUGAAGGUGCUAGAAGUUUUUAUAAAGGAUUGGGUGCAUCAUUGAUAUUUACUGGACCUGCAAUUACAUUGUACUUGACUUCAUAUGAAUAUUGUAAGAAAAAAUUGUAUAUACUUGGAAAUUAUUUAAAGGAAAAGAAUGGUGAUAAUUUUCUUUCGAGGAAUUUGAUGGGAGAAACAGCACUUGUCCAUUUAGCAAGUGGUUUAGCAGCUGAGAGUGUUAGUUGUGUAUUUUGGGUUCCACAUGAUGUUCUCAAAGAAAGGUUACAAGUUCAACGAGGAAAUGAAAUCAAUCUUACUCAACUCAUGAAAAUUGUUAGAAAGGAUGGAUUUUUACAACUUUACAAGGGAUAUUGGAUUACAUUGGCAUCAUUUGGUCCAUUCAGUGCCAUUUACUUUUUAACUUAUGAAAGAAUGAAGGAACUGUUUCAAAAACAAACCUCACAACAAACUCUUCCAUUUUCAACAACCUUACUUUGUGGAGCUAUUGGAGCUGGAUUUGGAUCGUUUUGUACCCUUCCAUUGGAUGUAAUUAAAACACGAUUCCAAGUUCAAAGAAGAAUGAAGAUGCAAAAUAUUGCCAUGGAGGAGGAUGUAAUGUACUACAAGAAUUUUGGUGAUGCAGUACGAAAGAUUAUCAAAUAUGAAGGUCCAACUGCCUUUUGGAAAGGUUUCACAUCAAGAAUGGUUUAUGCAGCUCCAAACUCUGCUUUGAUUAUGGCUCUGUUUGAGCUGUUUAAACAAAAGUUUGAAUUUAUAUAAAACAUGAUUUCUUUAUUC